CAGCGGCGGGAGCGGCGGCGGCGGGAGGGCGGCCCCGGCGGGCUGGAGCGCCGCUGGCCGAGCGCAGAGGCCGCGGCCCGCGGAGCCGCCAUGCCGGCGCGGGUCUGAGGCGCGCGAGCCAGGGCCGAGGCAAGCGGCGGCCGCGCCGGCCUGUGGCCCCGCAGCGGCCCGGCCCGGGCCCGAUGAGCGGCGGCCUCGGCCUCCGGCGCAGCCCGGAAAUGUCCGGCAAGAUCGAGAAAGCAGACUCUCAGCGUUCUCAUCUCUCUUCCUUCACCAUGAAGCUGAUGGACAAAUUCCACUCCCCUAAAAUCAAGAGAACGCCGUCAAAGAAGGGAAAGCCAGCUGAAGUGUCUGUGAAAAUUCCAGAGAAGCCUGUGAACAAAGAGGCAACAGACAGAUUUCUACCAGAGGGCCACCCUAUCCCCUUGGAUCUGGAGCGGCAGGCAGUAGAAUUUAUGUCCACCAGUGCUGUGGCUUCCAGGUCUCAAAGGCAGAAGAACCUGAGCUGGCUGGAAGAGAAGGAGAAGGAAGUGGUCAGUGCCUUGCGCUACUUUAAGACCAUUGUGGACAAAAUGGCUAUUGAUAAGAAGGUACUGGAGAUGCUUCCAGGGUCCGCUAGCAAGGUGCUGGAGGCCAUCUUACCCCUGGUGCAGAGUGACCCUCGGAUUCAGCACAGCUCAGCCCUUUCCUCCUGCUAUAGCCGGGUGUACCAAAGCCUCGCCAACCUCAUCCGCUGGUCUGACCAAGUGAUGCUAGAAGGUGUGAACUCAGAGGAUAAAGAGAUGGUGACAUCUGUGAAGGGGGUCAUCAAGGCCGUUCUGGAUGGAGUGAAGGAGCUGGUCAGGCUCACCAUCGAGAAGCAGGGGCAUCCGUCCCCAACAAGCCCAGUGAAACCCAGCUCCCCAGCCUGCAAACCUGACAGCCAGUCCGAGCUCCCCCUGACAGAUCGAGAGAUGGAGAUUCUAAACAAGACGAACAGCAUGUCGCAGUCGGCGGAGCUGCUCCCAGACUCUACGGAUGAAGAGGUCGCACCUCCCAAGCCCCCCUUACCAGGCAUUCGGGUGGUUGAUAAUAGUCCUCCACCAGCCUUGCCACCAAAGAAAAGACAGUCAGCUCCAUCCCCCACCCGCGUGGCCAUCGUGGCCCCCAUGAGUCGGGCCACCAGUGGCUCCAGUUUGCCUGUUGGAAUUAAUAGGCAGGAUUUUGACAUGGACUGUUACGCACAGAGGCGGCUGUCGGGAGGCAGCCACUCAUAUGGUGGAGAGUCGCCCCGCCUGUCCCCCUGCAGCAGCAUAGGCAAGCUCAGCAAGUCGGACGAGCAGCUGUCCUCUCUGGACAGGGACAGUGGGCAGUGCUCCCGGCACACAAGCUGUGAAACACUCGAUCACUAUGAUCCUGACUACGAGUUCCUUCAGCAAGACCUCUCCAACGCGGACCAGAUACCUCAGCAAGUGGCCUGCAACCUCAGCCCGUUGCCGGAGUCCUCGGGAGAGUCUGCGGCUCCAUUUCUUGGCCACCCUUUCCAGUUGCCUCUAGGCAACUGUCCCCAGCCAGAGGGGCCCUUGGCCCCAGGGCAGCAGCCAGACAUGCCACCUGCCCUUCCCGAGAAGAAGCGCAGGAGCGCGGCCUCCCAGACCACGGACAGCUCCAGCUGCAGGGUGUCGUAUGAGCGGCACCCCUCACAGUAUGACAACAUCUCCGAGGACGACCUGCCGACCCCCGCCGCAGUCCAGCCCACCCCCUUCACGCCCUUUGCUGCUCUUCUCCCCUUGCCGCAAGCGGGCUCCUCAGCCUCUGUCGGAUUUGGGGGUGAUUUCACUGCUCCUGGAUCAACGGGUGACUCAGAAAAACCACCUCCUCUACCAGAGAAGAAAAACAAAAACAUGCUGGCUUACAUGCAGCUGCUCGAGGACUACUCGGAGCCCCAGCCUUCCGUGUUCUACCAGACGCCGCAGAAUGAGCAUAUCUACCAGCAGAAGAACAAGCACCUCAUGGAGGUGUACGGCUUCAACGACUCCUUCAGCAGUGGAGACGCCCUGCAGGAGCUGGCCCCACCCCCCGCCCUGCCCCCCAAGCAGCGGCAGCUGCAGGCCUCCUAUGCUGCUGCUUCCUUCUCCUCUGUCUCCUACUGUGUCCAGCAAACUAAAGUGGCCUUCACCCCCGAGGACAGCAGUGCCUCUCAGGGCAUCAGUGUGUCCGUCUCUAACUCCUUUCUCAGCCGGCACGGCAACUUACCUGUGCCCUCGUAUAAGUCUGUGUUUAGGUCCUACUCCCAGGACUUCGUGCCUCACAGCCCAGCUUCCGCUCGGCCUUCCCUCCCGCCCACCUCCUCUCCCUCUGCACACUUCCCACCUGUGCACCAGUCUCAGAGCUCUGACUUAGCGGUGCCGGCCGUAGCCAGCCCGCCGCCCAGCGCCGCGGACGGGCCUCUUUCAUCUUCUCAGGAGAGCGCCUUGCAUGGGGACACUGUCUGCCUUCCUUCCGAAACCUCUUUCACUGACUCGCCCCAGACGCCUUCGAGCGAGAUCGCCAGUGAGGAAGCUGGGGAGGGUGAAUACGUCAAUCUGUACUCCUCUGGCCAGAGCAGCGAGGAGCUGGCCCCCUCUCGAGGAGAAUCACCGGCCAUGAGAGCUGGGCAUCCCGGAGGCCCCUCGUUGGUCAGCAGUGCAUCUGGGAAGGAAAGCAGAGACGGCGGGGAAAGGGCCCCAAAGUCACCAGAUGCCCCAGAGUCAGCUCAGUCGGAAGAGGAAGUGGACGAGCUGUCCCUCAUCGACCACAGUGAAAUCAUGGCGCGGCUGACCCUCAAGCAGGAGGGUGAUGAUGGGCCAGACGUCCGCGGGGGAUCUGGAGAUAUCCUCCUGGUCCACGCCACCGAGACGGACAGGAAAGACCUUGUGUUGUACUGUGAGGCCUUCCUGACCACCUACAGGACCUUCAUCACCCCUGAGGAGCUCAUCAAGAAGCUGCAGUACAGGUAUGAGAAGUUCUCUCCCUUCUCCGACACCUUCAAGAAGCGUGUCAGCAAGAACACGUUCUUCGUGCUGGUGCGGGUGGUGGAUGAACUCUGCCUAGUGGAGCUGACAGAAGAGAUCUUGAAGCUGCUCAUGGAACUGGUCUUCCGCCUGGUGUGCAACGGGGAGCUCAGCCUGGCCCGCGUGCUCCGCAAGAACAUCCUGGACAAGGUGGACCAGAAGAAGCUGCUCAAGUGCGCCAACUCUGACCAGCCCCUGGCCGCCAGGGGGGUGGCCGCCAGGCCGGGGACGUUGCAUGACUUUCACAGCCAUGAAAUAGCUGAGCAGCUGACCCUGCUAGAUGCUGAGCUCUUUUAUAAGAUAGAGAUUCCUGAGGUUUUACUUUGGGCAAAAGAGCAGAAUGAGGAGAAGAGCCCCAAUUUGACCCAGUUCACAGAGCACUUCAACAACAUGUCCUACUGGGUCCGGUCGAUAAUCAUGUUGCAGGAAAAGGCGCAGGACAGGGAACGGCUGCUCCUGAAGUUCAUCAAGAUCAUGAAGCACUUACGGAAGCUGAACAACUUCAACUCCUACCUGGCCAUCCUCUCGGCCCUGGACUCUGCGCCCAUCCGCAGGCUGGAGUGGCAGAAGCAGACCUCGGAGGGCCUGGCUGAGUACUGCACACUGAUCGACAGCUCGUCUUCCUUCCGGGCCUACCGGGCCGCCCUGUCGGAGGUGGAGCCGCCGUGCAUCCCGUACCUAGCGGUGAGGGCUUCUCCGUCCCCCAGGGGGCUCAUCCUGCAGGACCUCACCUUCGUUCACCUGGGGAACCCUGACCACAUCGACGGGAAGGUGAACUUCUCCAAGCGGUGGCAGCAGUUCAACAUCCUUGACAGCAUGCGGUGCUUCCAGCAGGCGCAUUAUGACAUCCGGAGAAACGACGACAUCAUAAACUUCUUCAAUGACUUCAGUGACCACCUGGCCGAGGAGGCCCUAUGGGAACUCUCUCUGAAAAUCAAACCCAGGAACAUAACAAGGAGAAAAACAGACCGGGAAGAGAAGACCUAGACUCAGGUGCCGGGAGCCAGGAGAACGCUCAGGAGAGGCUCGGAGGGCAGCUCGCGGCCGUGAGGGACGUCGGACCUGUCGCGCGCGGUGCCCGCCCCCGGCGCAGGCUGCAGGCGUCGCCUCAGAGCCACAGGCCCAGCCAGGCCUCCGCGGCACCGGGCAGGAGCCCGGAGCCCACGGCAGCUCCCUGCCUCCCUCCUCCCUGGGAGUGGCCCCCGGGGCCCACAGUGGAGCCAGCAGGCAGGCCUCACGCUGACCUCUGACCCAGUGGUUUUCUGUUUGGGGUUUGGUUUCUGCUUUGACGUCUGUCUUCCCCUUGCCCCUUCCACCCACAGCCUGGGAACAGGGGUCUUCACCUCUCCCCAGGUUCCAGGGUUCUGAAUCUGCUGAAAUGACAAUUGAGUGGAGACCUGAAGACCCAGGAGGGGCUGCACUCCCAGUGACCUGGGGUGAAGGGGACAUUAGCUGGGUGGGCAGAAAUCCAUAUGCCCCGGGGGCUCCUCUGGCUUCCCAGGUCCUGCUUUUUAAAUGGAGGCUGGGGUAAGCGUUUUACCUGGCCUGGAAAGGUACGACCGACGGCCCCCCAGCACCCUGGAGCUGGCGCUCCUGUCACGGUACUGGCCCUCCCCGGCAUUGGGCACCAUGUGGAGCUGGGAGGGAGAGGGUAGAGCAAGCCGGGGCUUUACCAUCCGAGAGCCGCGAUGAACCUGCGCUGGGCCCACAGCUCUCAGAGAGGGGGGAGCGGGGGGCCUUUCGGUCUGGAUGAGCCCGGCAGCCUCCUUUGUCACUUGCUGUGUGCCUUAAACACCGACUCCGCUCCCCCCAUCUGUAGCUGCCUUCCUGCCUUGCUCUGUCCCAGUGGGGCCCACAGGGCCCCACCUCUAGCCCAGCAGACCUGCCAGUGCCACAGCCACAGCUGUCCCCCUGAAAGGGCGGGACCACCCUGAGGGCACGGGUCUGGCCCACCCCUCCCCUGCCCACCCUGCAGGCUUGCUUCCUCCUAUGAGAAGCAUCUUCAGGAGAAGGUGGCCUUCCAGCCUCCUUGUCCAGAGCCACUCUCGCUGCUGCGCUUGACAGUCUGAGGCCAGGUCUGCGGUGGGGGGCUCAGCACACUGAGGGGCUGGGCUCCGUGCCACUCAAGGUGGGCGAGGACCUGGCAGAGUCGGGACAGCUACACCCAUGCCUGUUUUGCCUGAUGGAGUGCUCGCUUCUCCUGGGUUUGGGUGGCCAAACACCAGGAUAUGUGUAAACAGAGCAAGAAAAAGCAGAAAGGAACAGCUGUUGAUUAGAUUUUUCCUAAAGAAACAACCAUGUCACUUUGAGUCCUUCAUGGGUUUUGAGCAGCUUUUAUCAUGAAGAAAAUUUUGGGUUUUUUUUUCCUCUUUUGUUGUCCUGUACAUAGAGGGGGGAAUCUGUGACAUGUCAGUGACCAUCCUCGGGCAGUGGUUCUGCUGGCGGCGGGCAGGUCGUAUCACUUUAUUAUUUAAGAGAGUGUGUGUGGUCGCUGUGAUGAACAGUACCGUGUGGGGGGGUGUGGUUCGUACCCGCUUCCUGAAGUCCUCUCAUUUCAGCCUUUUCCCCUUCCUCCUCAUCUUCCCUCGCGCCUUGGCCCAGCUCCUGGAUGCUCUGUGUGCACGCAGGACUGUGGACAGCAGCACCUAGGGUCUCCUCUCUAUAGAGGCCCAGGCACAUGCGCCGUGUGUCAGCCUCAGAAACCCAGCUGCUCAUACCUGGUAGCGGAUGGAUGCGUGUCUGUGCGUCUGUUCACAAGAACGACGCAGGGUUGGGACAGGAGCUGUACCAGGACUCAGCUCUUCCCUCCGGGACCCCCAGUGGGGUCUGAGCAGACACGCCAGGCAGGCGGUGCAGGGGGCACUGCAUGAGGACAGCAAGUGCAAUGUGUGGUUAACUUAUUGGCUGACAGGCUUUUCCCACUCUGCACCUCGUGACACCGUGGCUCAGGGAGUUGUCAGACGUGAGCCACUGCAGCCUGGCUGUGCUUUGUCAGCCUUGGGGGCAGGUGCGGGAAUGGAGCUUUAGAUGGGCCCGCCCAUCAGGGCCACCUGGCUCCCUGCAGCUGGGGGUGGAGCCGGGGAAAGGACAGGCCGGCAGACGUCUGCGCUGAACCCGCUGCUGCCCAGCUUCCCCAGUGUUAUGUUGUAAUAUAUCCCCCGACUAACCAACCUGAUAGUGGCAUCUUCCUGCAGACAUUUCAAACCUGUAACUUUUAUAUGAAAGAAAAUAAACAGAUAAAAGCUGUG